AUGGCUAGUGGGCAGGCAGCAGGUGGGCUCCUGAAGCCGGCGGACCAGGAGAAUGAUGAUGAUCUUCCUCUUCUCCCCGUCCGUCGAUCGAGCCGCGUGCGCAAACAGCCAGUCGCCUUCGCCGACGAUGUCCAGCAGCCGUCAAUAUCGCCUACCUCUGCCACGGUCCGUCGGAAUCCAAAGCGAAAAGCAGCCCCGGAAGUCUUUGACAUACCCGACAACCUGUUGGAGGCGUCGCUUGGGCCCUGGAAGGAAGAUGAGCAAUCCGAGUGGCCCAGCUGGACCGAACUGGAAUCAGAUCCGGCCUUCUUCACAGCUAUAAUGGCCCAGAUCGGCGUCAAGGGAGCAAAGAUAGAGGAGGUGCUGUCCGUCGAGGGUGAUUUUCUGGCCAGUCUUCCUCAACCGGUCUAUGGCUUAGUAUUCCUCUAUGAGUAUGUAGAGGAGCCCAGUGACGUAUCUACCGAGACGAGUGAAGACCUGUGGUUUGCGAAUCAGACAACAAACAAUGCGUGCGCUACCAUUGCCUUGAUGAACAUCGUCAUGAACGCCGAAGGCUUGGCGCUCGGCCAGAAGUUGCGCAAGUUUAAACAAGAUUCCAUGGGGUUAUCGCCACCGUUGCGAGGCAACUUGAUUACGAACAGCGCCUGGAUACGGACGGCUCAUAACUCCUUUGCUCGGCGGCUGGACCUCUUGAAUGCAGCCCUCAGUCUGCAGAAUGCCGUGGACAAGAGGAAGCGGCUUAAAGCCCGGACGUCCCAGAGCAAGAAGACGAAGCUGAAAGGGGGCAAAUCAACUGCGGACUCUGCCUACCACUUCGUCGCUUUCGUCCCCGUCGGACGAAAAGUAUGGCAGCUAGAUGGCCUCAGGGCGGCGCCACAGUACAUCGGUGAAUUCGCCGAGGGAGAGCACUGGACAUCUGUCAUGUGUCCCGUACUAGAGGAGCGAAUGAAGCGUUGCGGGAAUGAACAAUUAUCAUUCAGUCUAUUAGCUCUCUGCGGUGACGACCUUUCCGGGCUCAGGCGGCAGCUCGCCGCCAACGUCCGUAGCCUUGAGGAGCUCCAGGCGAAAUUGCACAAGCUCCCGAGCCAGCCAGCGGCGGAUGACACUGCCGACAUGGACAUCAUCUGCAGCUCAGCGGACAAUGACCUCUCCGCAUACCAGAUUGACGCCGAAGACAUACAAAGCUUAUCUGAUGCUGGCGGCAAGACAUUGGAUACAGAGCUGAGUUGCUCCGAUCCGUCUGACAAGACGGUGGAAGCAUGGAGGGAAUUCCGGAAGAGACUGGUCGACGAGCAGAAAGUCAUCCGCUCCGAGUACGAGACGAGGCUGAAAUUUAGCGGCCAAGAGCCAUCCAAAGUCCUUGGCCGGACAAAGGACCACACGGCUGCUAUCCACGAGUGGGUGAAAAAGCUGGCUGAUCAUGGGGUGUUGAAGGAGCUGCAUGAGGAGACGACAUACUCGUAG